CAAUGCUUGUCUAGCGGAGACUAAAAUAUACUUAUACAUGUAUGUAGAAACAGAGGUGCGAGGUGAGGGGAUCUGAAGUUGCUCCCUGACAAAUGGAGACUGCUGUGGAGUGAAUUGCAGUGUUGGUUUCCAGUCACUAGAGGGUGGUUAAGCCUGAGCUAUGUGAGCGAGCUUCAUCUGUGGAGAUACAGCACAUGACAGGAGUGAAGUACAGAGAGCGGGCAGGAAAGAGGUGGAGUGGCGAGACAGAGACGGAGAAGUGACACAAAUCAAUGUGAGCACCCAACCCACCAUCCCCAUCACCAGCAGCACGAGCAGCAGAAGCAGCAGCAGCAGCAGCAGCCUCCCCGACCUCCAUCACCUCUCUGCCUUUCCCUGGGACAGAUGGACAGAGACAGAUUCACAGGAAACACAGCCUCCUGAACAACGCAGCAUCUGAGCCGGGGCUGCGCCGAAAUCCAGGAUUCUCUUCCCGACGCACACACAGAUCCAACAGCUAGUGGAUCGGGCGUUCAGCACUAUUUUUCUGGCUAAAUACUGCUGGAGCAGUGAGGGGACUUGGUGGACAGAGGAGCCGAUAACUUCUGGACUUUUUUUCUCUUCAGGUUAUUCCAUCAAAUACCUGUCUGGCUGUGUGUUUGUGUUUGUAUGAUGGACAGACUGCCUGGGAGCCACAGAGUUUCUAGAAGUUGAGGGCUAUGAAGAGCGUCGACGAUGUCUGACGACAGGAUGUCUUCCAAGCGACCAGCCUCUCCAUAUGGGGGGACAGAUGGAGAUGUAACCAUGGCAACGAGCAGACAGCGAAUGGAGGAUGAGGAGAGCGAGGGACUCGGCGGUGUCAUCCACCUCCCCCUGGCCUCCUACUGCAGCAAGGUGUCCCCUCGCUCGCCCGUCAACCGCAACUUGGACAGCCCCCACAGCAUGGACCAGGACGGCACUAAGGGCAGCUCCCUGAGCCCUUACCCCCAGCACAAUUCUACCUCACCGGGCAAAGAGGACGGCGGAGGCGGUGGGCGGCCCUGCAGCGACGGGGGCUCGGCCGCGGGCACCCUGGGGACGCCCGAGAGACGCAAGGGCAGCCUGGCAGACGUGGUGGACACACUGAAGCAACGCAAGAUGGAGGAGCUGAUCAAGAACGAGCCGGAAGAGGCCCCCAGCAUUGAGAGGCUGUUGUCGAAGGACUGGAAGGAUAAACUUUUGGCCAUGGGCUCAGGGCACAUUGGAGAAAUUAAAGGUACCCCAGACAGCCUGGCGGAGAAAGAGCGCCAGCUCAUGGGCAUGAUUGGUCAGUUGAGCAGCCUGAGGGAGCAGCUCCUGGCGGCCCAUGAAGAGCAGAAGAAGCUGGCCGCCUCGCAGAUGGAGAAGCAGAGGCAACAGAUGGAGCUCGCCAAGCAGCAACAGGACCAGAUUGCCCGGCAACAGCAGCAGCUUCUGCAGCAGCAACACAAAAUCAACCUCCUGCAGCAACAAAUCCAGCAGGUCCAGGGCCAACUCCCGCCGCUGAUGAUUCCCGUCUUUCCUCCGGACCAGAGGACUUUGGCGGCCGCCGCAGCCCAGCAAGGCUUCCUCAUGCCCCCUGGCUUCAACUACAAGCCUGGCUGCAGUGACCCCUACCCUCUCCAGCUCAUCCCUACAACAAUGGCUGCUGCUGCUGCCGCUGCCGCCACACCGGGCCUGGGACCCCUGCAGCUCCAGCAGUUGUACGCCGCUCAGCUGGCGGCCAUGCAGGUUUCCCCAGGAGCCAAGCAGCACGGAGGCAGCCUGCCGCCCCAAGGCAACCUGGGCACACACUCGCCACCCAGCAACACACACACACACAGUGAAAAGGGCCGCAGUUCCCCACCAUCACACAAGACCAAGGACAGUGAGGGUGCACAGCCACUGAACCUGUCGGCCAAGCCUAAGGCAUCCGAGAGCAAGUCACCCAACUCCCCCCCAACUUCCCCACAGGUCCCUGCUGCUGCCGCCGGUAAGCUGGGCCCUGCUGGUUCCAUGAAGCACAGCAUCGCCCCCUCUAGCAUCGGAGGACCACCGACCAGAGUCAGCUCAAUAGCAGACUUGUUGUCGUCGUUAUCCACGACAGCUUACCUGAACGACCACGAGGCGGUGACCAAGGCCUUCGCCGAGGCCCGGCAGAUGAAGGAGCAGCUGAAGAGAGAGCAGCAGGUCCUUGACGCCAAGGUGGCCGCCGUCAGCAACCUCAGCCUCAACAACGGACGCACGGACAAGGACAAGGCUGCCUUGGAGAGUCUGAGUCAGCAGCUGAAGCAGCAGGCGGAGGACAAGUUCAGCCACGCCAUGCUGGACUUCACCAUGAGCGGAGACUCUGACGGCUCCCCCAGCGUGUCGGACUCCAGAAUAUUUCGUGAGGCUCGGGGUCGCGGCAGCAGCGAGCCACACAUCAAGCGGCCGAUGAACGCUUUCAUGGUCUGGGCCAAGGACGAGCGGAGAAAGAUUCUCCAGGCCUUCCCCGACAUGCACAACUCCAACAUCAGCAAGAUCCUCGGCUCCCGCUGGAAAGCCAUGACCAACCUGGAGAAGCAGCCCUACUACGAGGAGCAGGCUCGCCUCAGCAAGCAGCACCUGGAGAAGUACCCGGACUACAAGUACAAGCCGCGGCCCAAGCGCACCUGCCUGGUGGACGGCAAGAAGCUGCGCAUCGGCGAGUACAAGGCCAUCAUGAGGUCUCGCAGACAGGAAAUGAGACAAUAUUUCAGUGUGGGGCAGCAGAGCCAGCUGCCCUUGUCCUCAGCAGGCGUCGUCUACCCAGGCGCCCUGUCCAUGGCGGGACUGCCCUCGCCCCAGAUGCCCUCAGAGCACUCGAGCAUGUCCAGCAGCCCCGAGCCCAACGCCAACCACCACCAGAUCCCCCACAUGGCCGGUCUGAAGGGGGACGAGCCGCGCAUCAAGGAGGAGGAGCUGCGGCUGGACGACAACAACGGCGACGUGUACGACGACUUUGACUACGAGGACGAGGAGGCGGAUUACACCAGCGACAACGACAACCAUAUCACCCAAUAGGCUGGCCUGAGAGCCGCCUACUUUAAAGCCAAUCAUAGCUGGUUACCCCCCCCCCCCCCCCCCCCACCCAAAACCCCCCACCAAUCAGGAAGAAAACUUUCUUUUUUGCCAAUCACCUUGAGAACCAAUCUCCCAAUCUCUCUCUUUUCCCGUGGACUCUUUCAACAGAGCCGGAUCCCUCCCCUCCCUCCCCCUCCCCUUCCCACUGGAGUCCUGAUACCAGCAUCUGAUCAAUCAACUGAAGCACAGGACCUGUCACUCACACUGACUGUUACACAAACUAGAGUUUGGGAGGAGGAGACGACCAGAGACGUCCUCUGAAGCUUGCUGAGGAAUAUUCAAGCACUACUGCAGGAGCAGAGAAAUCUAAAUAAAUAAUCACAACCUGAUACAGACCCGUUUGUAGACAAGGGGACGUUUCCAAACAAAAGACGCAACAGUGGACCUGUUGAAGGCCAACCGAUGACACUUUAAGAUGGCGGACCUGUUUGUUAUCAAGAGACACUUUUUUGAAAAGAAAACAACAGCUUUUUUUUGUUUGUUUUUUUGUUCUUUGGUUCUAUAAUAUUCUCACUCAGGUACACGGUGCCAAUAAGUGGCUUGUGAAUGUGAUUUGUUGUUUUUGUGCUACAAGUUUGAAUAAUAAUAGAAAAAAAGAGACAUUUCUUUUUCUCCCCCCUCCCCUUUUGUUGUAAAGCACCUGCAAGUCAUCAGACAUGUUUAUUUUUAACAGAAAGAUAUCUUUUUCUUCGACCUCGCAGUGUGCUAUCAGCGACACCCCCCCCCCUUUUCCCCUUUAUUCUCUGUGUUUUUCAUGACUGCCUACUCCCUCCCCCCAUUUGAAAUCCAAUGGGAUGGUCCAGCCAGGACUGACCAGUACAGCGAGGACUGUCCCACUUUGACUGGAUUUGCAGAGGGGGUGGGAGAAGGGGAGUCUCUCCGGCGUCACAGGGGCAGACGUGAAAGCACUGUGUUGUGAGACAAUCCACCAGUUUUUCCUCCUGCACGGUCCACGCUAUCUCGAUCUCGUCCCGGGCUGAACAUCACUCAGCUCGCAAAACGUCCGACCAGUGUGUGCGAGAGUGUGUGUCGUCUUUUUAUUUUCUAAUUACACAAACAGAAUCUAAAAAAUGUCCAGGAUACAGAAAGACAGGCAACUCAAGCUGCUGCUGUUAUUUACUGUACCGCACACACACACACACACACACACACACACACACACACACACAUACGCACACACACACACACACUCACAUACACCCACACACACUUCUGCCCCUCAGUGUUUUCCUGCUCUCUCCAAUCAGCGACGUCCCGCUGUCCCCAGUGGGCAGAGCCGAGGUGAAGUCAGCCAGUCAGUGUUUCUGUUUGUAUUUGAAUACUGUAUUUUAUUAUUAUUAUUUUUCUUCAAGCUGCCUCUAGUCUAAUAAUAUUAUUAACAAUAAUUAUAAGGAUGGUCAGCGUCUCCUAAGUUUAGUAAGUUAUGUACAGUAUAAUUUAUUUUUCUCCUCUUUAUCGGGUUUUUAUGACCAUAUGAAACUAUGACAGUCAAUGAAACAUUAUUCUAUUUAGCUGUAGGUAUUUAGAUCUAAACAAAAGUUGUCAUUUACCUUUCUUUGUUUCUCGCAUUCUUUGUUCCCUUCUUCUUCUUUUUUUUUUUUUUUUGGGAUGCGUUCAUUUUUGUAUUAAUCCCCCGGACGGGUGGGUGGGCGGAGUUAGGACAGUGAGCUGGACUGACGGACUCGACGCCAGCCCUCCUCCGAGCUGAAGACGUAACCUUUUCAAGUCCACACCCAUUUCUGAGAAGCACUCAGACUCUGUGCAGCGCAGAGAAAAAAAGAAGAACAUGAAUUUUUUUUAAAUUGUUAUUAUAAUUUUAUUUGUAAUGGUUAUUAUAUUGUAUAAUGUGAAGUUUCCUCUGUUUAAUUUUGCCUUUUUUUCUUUUUCUUUUUGUUUGAAAUCAGUUUUUAUCACUUUUGAAAACUGUUUUUGGUGAACAAAGAAUCCCGUCCCCGUUUACUUGUUUGGCCGCCUCACUGAGACACAGUGGAACAUCAGUGGGUUGGAUCCACACACACACACACACACACACACUGUACAUGCACAAACACAAUCACUAACACACACACACACACACACACACACCCUGAAAAUUAAGAGAUUAUCAUGACAACCAAACAAAUCCUAUGCUGUCUGUUUUGUAGUAUUCAAGAUUUAAAACCAUACAUAUAUUUUGUUUUUGUGAUAGCAGUGAUUUUUUUCUUUUUUUAAUCAUAGGAAAACGGUGUUUACCAUGAUCCACCAAGGGUGUUCCACUGUGUGUGUGCGUGUGUGUGUGUGCGUGUGUGUGCGUGCGUGUGUGUGCGUGCGUGCGUGCGUGUGAGACGACCAGGCGUACCUACAGUAUCUUUAAAGUCACUUCUCAUCAAGAGCCCUUUGCUUUGUUUUAGCUCCACGCGUUGCUACAGGAGCCAUGACUACUCUUCAGGUGUGCUGUCACAUAGUGAGCCCCACAAUCAUCCAUUCAUUCGCUAUAGAUGUUCGAUACAUGCCACAUAAUGAGCCUCUGGGUCUUAAUUUUUUGCUGUAUAGGCCCCCCCUGCUAUCACACCGUGGGUCAACCCAAUGCUGGAGGGAAGGGGCCAAGUGGAUCGGUCCGCUUUUAGGGUAUCGGGGUGGGGUUGGGUUAGGGGGGUGGGGGGCAUUAAGACGUCAAUCAUCCCUGCUGGCAAGGUCUGUCCCCAUAUCAAGACAAUGACAAAUGAUGAUGAUGAUAAUAUUAUUUAAGACAAUCAAAGUCAUGAGUGGAGCUCAAAACAAAGUAAUUAUUACAACUUAAAAAAAAUAUCUUACCAUCUCAACUUGAAAAAUCAAGAAAGAUAAUUAUGUAAAUAUAACAUAGAGUUAUAGAUUUAUAUUUUGUUCAUAACACAGUGUAAUAUAAGUUGUAUAUUUCUUUUUUUCUUCUCUCUCUCUCUCCCUACUGUCUCUUUUAUUGAUGUUAUCCAUGCCACAGAAAAGCAGGAGUUGCUGUACUCUCACACAAAAAAAUAUCUUAAGAAAUAAAGAAAAAGAGGAAAAAAGAAAGAAAAAACCAAGCCGUGGGCUGCCACCACCAUCUGUUCUAAGUUCACUUUUUUUUUUUCAGUAUUACUGCCAGACAAGGCUCUAAUAAAGACAGCAAUGUGUUCGGUAAAAACC